GUUGUGAGUCAUCGGUACAACAUCGGUAUUUCAGGGCAUGCACUUCUAAAACGAAAUCAUGCGUGUGGUGAAAUGCCAAAACGUUGUAUUGUUAUAAGAGAGAUUACUUAUAUUUGUUUGUGUUUAUCCUUUACUCAAUCGCACACGAAGCACAGUGAGCGUGGAAUCGAGGAGGCAGUCAACCGAGACUACGACUGAAAUGAUCAGUGGGGUUUUGGAUAGGAAAGAGGAUGCGCAGCCAACUGUACAUUGCAUAUAUCCUAGAUGGACAGGAUAGGCUAGGGUUCUCCUCCGUAUUCAACAGGUAGACACAACUUAAUUAGUAAAGUCGAAGAUGGUUACAAUAAAUAACACAUACUUUCUCAAUCAUUUCUACCGGUCGUCAAAUUCUUCGUUUUGGAAUUUUUCCCUGGAUGAAGGAAUGUAUGGCAAUGGUACUAGUUAUGAGACCGAAUCACAGCAUUCCACCACAAAAGCUAUUCUAAUUUUUGCAUAUUCAGUCAUCAUCACAAUUUCACUUUUUGGAAAUAUUGUGGUUUGUCACGUCGUGUUAAAGAACAAGCGGAUGCAUUCUGUCACCAGUUUGUUCAUUAUGAACCUGGCCGUGGCUGAUUUAAUGAUUACUCUUCUCAACACACCUUUCACAUUGACUAGGUUUGUGAACAGCACCUGGGUGUUUGGCAAGCUGAUGUGUCACGUCAGUCGCUUUGCCCAGUACUGUUCUGUUCAUGUCUCAGUGCUGACCCUGGUAGUCAUCGCCCUGGACCGACACCAAGUUGUCAUGCACCCAAUGCGACAGCGGGUAUCAAAAUUCCGUGGAGUAAUUUGUAUCAUUGUGAUUUGGGUGACAGCUUCCUGUUUCUCUCUACCUCAUGCCAUUUACCAGAAGCUGUUGCGCUUUGACCUUGGCCACAGGAAGGUGCGAAUGGUGUGCCUGUCAAGCUUCCCUCAGCCGUCUGACGUGGUGUGGAAGUACCUGGACCUGGGCACCUUCUUCCUACUCUACGUGCUGCCUCUGUCAAUCAUAUCCAUCGCCUACGUCAUCGUGGCCAAAAAGCUGUGGACUCGCAACGCCAUCGGAGAUGUGACUAUCGCCCAGUACGCCGCCCACAGACGUAAGAAGAAGAUGACUCUGAAGAUGCUGAUGCUGGUGGUGGCUGUGUUUGCUGUUUGCUGGUUCCCUCUCAACUGUUAUGUUAUUCUGGUCUCUAGCAAGGCAAUUGACACUAAUAACGCACUCUACUUUACUUUUCACUGGUUCGCCAUGAGCAGCACCUGCUACAAUCCGUUCAUUUACUGUUGGUUGAACAGCAGCUUUAGGGCAGAGCUCAAGUCUUUGAUAUUUAUUUUUCGCCCAAAGGUCGAAGCGGACCCUUGCUAAGGGUUUCCUUUCAAACUAAUAUGGAUAUAAUGGUAAUGAUCCGGCUGUUUCAGACUCCACAUACACACACAGUCUCUGUAAUAAGCUAUUACCACUAUAAAGAGGUGCUACGUCUUGUUUUCUCAUGUUUACAGCAUUAUUCAUGUGGUGCAUAGAGCUAGUCUGUCCUUUCCAAAAGGAGCUGUAUUAUCUGAAGGUAGUAAAACAAUAGACAUGCUAACACAUUCAGCCAGCUGGGUAGAACAUACUGCAAUUUCAGUACAACUGCCCUACUAUGACAGCAGGGGUGUAGUUACGGCUUGAAAGAUGUGGGGGUGGGGGGGGGGGCAGUGAAGUCAAUGCCCAUGUGUAAAACAUAACUUCACAUUUGUUAGAAUCGUGCAGUAGAUUUUGUUAAUUCAGAUGUGUUGAAUAAUGAAGGAGGAUUUUGCAUAGUGAUGAGUUUCAUCUGCCAUUCAUACAACUUGCAUUCAGUGGAUGAUGAAAAGAAUGAAACAGUAAUUAUUUGUGCAGAAUGUGAUAAACAUUUAGACAUUUAGCCUAAUGUGUUGUGCUGUGUUAUUCACACUGUGAAAUGGUAAACUGGUAAAUUACUUUUUAGUUUGAGCUCUACAAUUUGGAUAAAAGCGUCUGAUAAAUGAAUAAAUGUAACUAUAGAGCUUGGUAAAGUCUUAAUUUAGUUUGUUUGUUGAUUCAUAUGAGCAGUGGGAGUGUUGUAAUGUAGGCUAUGUGGGUGAAAUAUAUUUUGAUUUUAAUGUAUUU